AUGUCCACGGCAGCUUCUCUAUCUUUGAAGACUCUCCCUGAAUUUAGAAGCGAUGAAAAUGGCGCUUUCUAUAGACAAAACGAUGCAAUUGUCAAUGCUCGACUCAAGCUUGUUCAAUGGUUCAAGGAUAUGGAAGCCAAGGAUCUCUUGUAA